AUGAUAUCAAAAUUUCUUUGUAUUUCUCUCGUUGACAAAUUAAGCACUAUAUGUUUUAAGUUCUCUCAGUGGUGUAUCGAUCCUUUCUUCAAUGUACCAGGAAGCUUUAUUAGGAAAAAUGGACUGGAGGUGGGAGAUUGCAUUUCUCUUUACAAGGAUGAGAGCAAGAACUUUUACUUCUCCAUAGAAAAGGCCGGAACAGGACCAUCACAUGUAACUGAGUUCUCGUAUGAACAACAGCACUGUGCUACCAACUGUAAAGACGGUAACGAUGAUGACACUAGCAGUAGCAUCAACACACAGAUUACCAACUCUGACGAUAACAACACCAACACCAACACCUACGUGAACUCCAGCAACAAUGCUGACAUCCACAGCGAAACCGAUUCCAACAAUACAAAAUUGUACACACCAUGUACCUUCAAUGAAGAAGAUGAAUGGUAUCUAGCAGCACUGUUGGAAGAUGAAUCAAACAAGGUGGUGACACUGUCUGCAGAUCCUGCUUUUUCAUGUGGACGACUUAAGGAAGUUAAUAGCUCCAUCGACAAUGUCAUCAAUACUCAAUUAGAAAGCUCUACUCAACCAGCUAUGGCAAGAAUUGGGGCCUCAUCAUCGUCCUCACAGAGCACAGUGAAGAUGGUGGAGGAUCACUUCGAUGACUGUUACAAAGGGCUUGGGACGCUUCCGGCAGUUGAUCGCUAUGAGCAUGAUGAUUUUUUGUUAUAAUGACAACAUGAACGAAGACAAGAAACAGUGGGCAUAGACAAGUGCAGUUGUGA